CGUACAGCCGUUUCCUGCAAAAAUCCAUCUCCCCACGGAUAUUAAUAAUUCUCUGUGAAUUUGUAUCGUCCAUCGCAAAAUAUAAAAUCACCGUUUCGAAUUUUUGGAAUCGCGAGUUUAGUAUUAAAUAUUUACAGAUCAAUUAAACACUCGGAUGGUGUUAAUGUGAUAUCAAGAUCGAUACACGCAGACCCUGAAACAUUAGUAUAACGUGGCCACGUUUCCAGCCAUUGCUUCGCGCAAACUGAAUUAAUUGUUGAAUAGAAUCUUGAACGUUACUUACAGAGCUCGGGCGUUAUUGAGGACUUUUGUUUGUGACGCCGGCGUGAGCGAUCGCCGAGAGAGAGAACUAUAGUGAAGUGAGUGUGAAUAGAGAUUUGUCGGAAGAGUGCAGUGCUGUGAUUUGUGACCGCGACGGAGCCAUGGCCGGCUCGGGCCGCUAGAUCGAUCCCGCGUCACCGGCGCGGCUACCAUCCGUUAAAGGUGGAGAGCGCAGGGGGCGCGGCGCGAGGGGAUGCCCGUGCGCAAGGGGCUACUCGCGCCCCAGAACACAUUCCUCGAUACCAUCGCCACACGCUUCGAUGGCACACACAGCAACUUCGUGCUGGGCAACGCGCAGGUCCCAGCUUACCCGAUCGUGUACUGCUCGGACGGGUUCUGCGAGCUGACGGGCUGGGCGCGCGCGCACAUCAUGCAGAAGGGCUGCGCGUGCAAGUUCCUGCACGGGCCCGACACGAGGGAGGAGCACCGCCACGAGAUCGACACGGCCCUAGACUCCAAGCACGAACUCAAGCUGGAACUCAUCUUUUAUAAGAAAAAUGGUACUCCGUUUUGGUGCUUGCUCGACAUCGUCCCAAUUAAGAAUGAGAAACGAGAAGUGGUUUUGUUCCUCGCCUCGUUCAAGGACAUCACCAACACCAAGAUGGCCGCCAUGAACACUAACGAGGAGUUCGACAGCGGAGCCGCGGUGCGGCCUUCGGCUGGCGUGGUCACUCUAGCGUUAUCCCCAUUUGUACCCGCAGCGGCACUCUUGGGCGCCCGGUUCCGCGCUGAAUCUAGUUGCCUACUUCCAGACCCGAAUGGAAAUCUUGACCCCGAAGCGCCCUCGCCCGCCAACAUGGGCAGGCGGCGCUCUAGGGCCGUUCUAUACCAGCUUUCAGGACAUUAUAAACCAGAUAAGAUGAAGACUAAACUUAAACUCAACAAUGUUAGUAAGAACCUCCUCCAUUCCUCGGAUCCACCUCUACCUGAGUACAAAACGUCGGCAAUUAAAAGGUCAAGAUUCAUAAUUUCACAUUAUGGCGUUUUCAAAACGUUUUGGGACUGGCUUAUUCUAAUUGCUACGUUUUACGUAGCGGUCGUAGUUCCUUACAAUGCCAGUUUUGUUGACCGAGGUCACCCUAGAAUAAGUGUCACCAGUGAUGUGGUAGUAGAAGCUCUCUUCAUUGUCGAUAUAGUGCUUAACUUCCGGACAACGUUUGUGAGUAAAAAAGGGGAAGUGGUGUCAGAUUCCAAGGCGAUAGCACUUAAUUACAUCCGGACAUGGUUCGUGGUAGACCUCCUGGCCGCGCUGCCCUUUGACCUACUUUACGCCUCAGACGUGUACAGCGGAGCGGAGUCGGCGCAUGGAAAUGUGCAUUUAGUGAAGCUGACGAGGCUUCUGCGCCUGGCCAGGCUUCUUCAGAAGAUGGACCGGUACUCGCAGUACUCGGCGCUGAUUCUGACGCUACUGAUGCUGUCUUUCACGUUGGUAGCGCACUGGCUUGCAUGUAUUUGGUUCAUCAUUGCUGAGAAGGAGAUAGAGUUCCACAAGAACGAGGCGUGGGAUUUGGGGUGGAUAAACAACUUAGCAGAGCGAUUAAAGGUGCCCAUACCCAAUAUAUCACACAGCGAGAGCUACGUCACCGCUCUGUACUUCACCUGCUCGUCGCUCACUAGUGUCGGAUUUGGAAAUGUGUCGGCCAACACGCUGCCAGAGAAGAUAUUCAGUAUACUCACAAUGCUUGUUGGAGCGCUUAUGCACGCCGUGGUCUUCGGUAACGUAACCGCCAUCAUCCAGAGGAUGUAUUCGCGGCGGUCCAUGUACCAGACCAAAUGGCGAGACCUGAAAGACUUCCUCACCAUCAACCAGGUGCCCAAGGAGCUGAAGCAGCGCAUGCAGGAUUACUUCCAGACCAUGUGGUCGUUGAACCACGGCAUCGACAUCCACGAGACUUUAAAAGAGUUCCCGGAGGAGCUACGCGGAGACGUGUCGCUGCACUUGCACAGGGAGAUACUAUCACUUCCGAUCUUCGAGUCCGCGUCCCAGGGAUGCUUGAAGCUGCUAUCUCUGCACAUCCGGAAUAACUUUUGCGCUCCCGGGGAAUUCCUAGUUCACAAAGGGGAUGCGCUCACAUACAUCUACUACAUUUGCAACGGAUCCAUGGAAGUAAUGCAGAAUGAUAUGGUCGUCGCUAUACUCGGCAAAGGAGACUUGGUGGGCUGCGAUAUGAAUACUCAUUUGCAAGCUUACAAUGGGACGGGGCAGGCCCAGACUAAUAAUCCCGAUGUCGUCGUCAAAUCGAGUAGUGACGUUAAGGCUCUAACGUAUUGCGACCUAAAAUGUAUACACAUGGGCGGCCUAUCUGAAGUGUUACGACUCUACCCGGAGUACCAACAAGAGUUCAUCCACGACAUCCAGCACGACCUGACGUACAACCUUCGGGAGGGAUACGAAGCAGAGCAGGAGUCAGAUGGGAACGGCCACCCCUCACUCACACUGCCCUCAAUAUCGGAGGAUGAUGAGAACGCGGCGGAGGACACAGCGCUAUCACCUAAAAAACCCACUUCCAGCACCAACAGUCCAAGACACGCGAAAUUCAGGACGGAUGGGCAAAGAUUGACUCACAGGGAGCUGAGAGAGCGUAUAGAAAGACAGCGGUCCGUGGCCACGCCUAAAAUCGCCCGGGCCGACUCGCUGGAGGGACUCAAUCUAGAGAUGCACAACACGCGGUCAUCGGUCGAGAGGCUGGACACACAGGUCUCUAGCUUGCACCAUGAUGUCGCUGCUCUUAGCAUGGAGGUUCGCAACGCCAUCCAAGCGUUGCAAGAGAUGACGGGCCCGGCGUGGCACGCCGCGCACUCGAACCCGAACCUGCAGUGGAACGCGCCGCCCAAUCAACUGGCGCGCAGCUGCAGCCAUCCACCUGACGUCUUCUGUUGGGAUCAGCAAGAGCGACCGUUGACGCCGGAGCGACCGAAGGUGCACCGAGGCACACAGACUGAACCGUUCUUGCACUGCGUGACGCAGUACAUCAUGGAGCAUCCCGCAACAGUGAUGCUUCUACUGGGGCUCGACCCUAUGGCCAACCUGGCCCCGGUCAUGGCACCCACAGUCGACUACUACGGCCGGCGACCUAGCAUGUUAGAACAAAUUGUGGAGUCCGAGAACGGCAGCCAAACGCCUUCCAGCACUGCAAGUGAAAAGUACGACCCUGUCGGGAGUCUCAGUGGGAGCGCUAAAGACGUCAGCGCGCAGCCAGAGAUAAGGCGGCCCGAGAAAGAGAGCAGAGGCACCAAUUUGAGACGGAACAGGUACUCCGCCAGCGACAUCUGCGAGGAGUCCGAGCGCCUUCUCGCCAGCAGUGACCACCCUAGCACGAGGAGCCUCAAAUUCAACAUCAACAGCUAAGUGAUAAUUCCAUUUCCCCUGUUAAACAUUCUGCUCAUUAGUCAUUAGUGUUCUAAGUUUAACUUAGUCAUAGGUUGUAAACAUUUAAAACACUCUCAGUGUGACUUCCUAACUCAACGCUUUUUUAACAUGUUUAAGAGCGACUUUUGUAGUAUUAAUUUUUCUAUCAACGAAACAUAAUUUUAAAGUUCUAAUUUAAUAGCCUCUUCGAGUCUUGCGUAUUUAAAAUUGUACAUAUCACAUUUAAUAAAUUUUAUUGUUAGAAUAGUAUACAAUACUUACUCUAGUCACUGUUUAAAAUAUUAUAAUAAUUAUUAUAGGCGUUGAGUGGAGUCCCUGACAGAUUUAUAUUUAACUAUCAAAAAAGUUAAAGAAAGUCUAACUUCACGCUUAAUAAAUGUGAAUAAAAGUAAUGAAUUCGUCAGUUAUUAGGUAAUAAAUAUAUUAUUAAAUAACUAAUAUAAUGGUUUUUAAGUCACAAAAAUUGUCUGUAUAUGGGGAAUAUUAAUAAGAUUUUUGAACGAUUCAUGUAGGUACUUUAAAACUACUAAAUGUACGUUGAAGAAGAUUAUUUGAUAAUAAUCUACAGUUCAAGAUUGUCUUUGAACUAAGUUUGAUAGCAAUGCAAGAUCAAGUCAUAAUUUUAGUGAACAAAAAACAAAUGAAACCUAACUACUCAUGAUCUCAAUUUAAGUCACAAAUUUUAUAAAUGGUCUUCCCUUACAUAGUCUUAUAAUGUUUGCCCUACUUGAUAAAAUUUUAUAAAUUGUCGUGUGGUACGAUUAUUAUUUGUCACGUGCCAAAAUUGUUAUGAAAGAUACUUAUUAUGCGAUUUAACAAAACAUGAAUUAGAGUAAAUUUUUAGACCAUUUAAUUUUAUAAUAAAAAUUUAAAAUAUACCCAACACAUUUUUGGAAUAACGUCUAAAAUCUAUCACCGGUAUCUACGACUAUGACUUAGGUAGUACCUACUGCAGCGGAGGUAGAGCAGACAUUACAAAUGACUUACAAUAAUUAUAGCUGUAAUGCCUGAAAUUUUAUAUCGGAAAACAUUUCAUAGUGCUGGUCAAUAUAAUCACUUCAUGAGCAAUAUCGUUGUAUAGUAUAUUAUUUUGAUAUAGACAGUUAUUUUGUUACAGUAAGUAUAUAAAAUGUUUAGCAUUUUCAAAUCAUGUAUUUUGGAACUUAAUCGACAAAGCAGCGUAAUAUAAAAUGACACAGCAAUGGUAAUUCUAAAAUGGUUAAAUAUUUAUCGUUUCAAUCCAAAGAACGACAGAUCAUUAACAAGUAAGGCUUAACUCAAGUUUUACUUUACUCAGUAUAUAAUAUAAAAAAUAGCUUAUUCAAUCAAUGUUAAUUUUAUCUUAGCACAAAGAGGGCCUUCUGUUCACAAAACCAAAAUUUCCCUUUUGUAAAAUACCUAACUGCCUACUUUGACUAAAAAUGUGACAGAUUAAAUUAAUGUCUAUCGAUUCAAAUCAAGCUCACAAAGGAGAAUAUUUUUUCGGAUAUUGCUUUCUCUAUAGCGUAUCAGAUGGCUCAGUCAAUUUUUUAAUGUAUACCUACCUAACUUAUUCUUAUUUAAGAGAAUUGGGAAUCAGAAUUAUCUUUGAUAAUAAAUUGUUAUAAGAACGGAAACGCUUACUAGAAUAAUUGAAUAAAUAAUCGUGGUGUACGUUGUAGAGCCCAUGAAUGUGAUAUGAUGUUGAAAAACGUGCAGUGCCUAAAUUCUCAUUGAUUUGAUUUGUUUUAUUCUUCAUUUUAUUGAAAUCUAAACUAUUUUACUACGCAUUUUGAGUGUGCGUACUAAACAUAUUUUGUACAUAUUAUUGUGAAUCUUUAUCUUGUAGUACAAAAGUAUUAGUUACCAUACAAUUUAAUAAAGACAAAUUGAUGUUGAAACAA